AAGGAUAGCGGAGGGAGAAAUCAGAAAAGAAGCUAUUUUCCUUUUCUACAGUAGAGAGAGAAGGAAUGGAGAGAAGAGGCUUUCUUGUUUCCCUCUUUCUAUUAAAAGUGCUAAUAUACGCCGGAGGAUAUGGGAAGGUGAGUGGUUGCUUGGAUUCGGAGAGAAAAGCUCUGAUUACUUUUCGGAAGGCUCUAAACGAUCCCUCCAAUUUUCUCUCUUCUUGGAAUGAUGCCUCAGACUGCUGCAAUUGGAGAGGUAUUACCUGCCACAAUAUAACUGGGUAUGUUCUUAAACUAGACCUCCACAGAAACCUCUCAGAUCAGCUAAGUGGCGGAGUUGAUCCAGCUUUGUUGGAAUUGAAGCAUCUUCAGUUCUUGGACUUGAGCCAUAAUGCUUUUAAUGGUAUCCCAAUUCCAAGGUUCUUGGGUAUGAUGAAGGAGUUGAGGCAUUUGAACUUGUCAGAUGCAGGGUUCAGCGGGAGAAUCCCUCAUCAGCUUGGAAACCUCUCUAAACUCAUUUCCCUUGAGCUUUCUUCAUUUUCUUUGAGUGCCAAAAACCUUUGGUGGUUGACAAGCCUACCUUCUCUCAAUUACCUCGACAUGUCUUAUGUGAACCUGUCCAUGGCAAGCCAUGAUUGGGUGCAUAUAAUGAACAUGUCCCCUUCCCUUGUUGAGCUAAGCUUAAUCGGUUGUGGUCUUUCAUAUAUUUCUCCAACUCUUCCUUCUGUUAAUUUCACAUCUCUCCGUGUCCUUCAUCUCAGUUCCAACGGCUUCAAUUCUAGCAUUCCAAACUGGAUAGCUAACAUUAGUAGCCUCGUGUCCUUGUAUCUCUCACGUAACAAUUUUCAUGGUGAGGUUCCUUAUCAAUUUUCACAACUUCCUAACUUGGAAGAGUUGUGGUUGGGAUCAACUGAUGAUAACCUCAGCGUUGAUUGGUCAGAGUUCCUUGAAGGCAGCUGGAGGAAACUGAAGAUACUUUAUCUAUCUUUCAGUCAGCUGCAUGGAGGAAUACCCGACUCUAUUGGGAAUACGACAUCACUUGAGUCUCUCACUUUGUCAUUCAAUGAGAAUAUAACAGGUAGCAUUCCAAGAGGCAUAACUAAGCUUAUCAAUUUAGAGAUCCUGUCUUUGUAUGGAUACCAUAUGCAUGCGGCCAUUCCUGAUUGGUUAUAUCAGCUCAAAAAUCUUAAACGCCUAACUCUCACGGAUUGUAUGUUGACAGGCCCAAUCCCUGCAACUCUCGGAGGAUUGUCUUCCUUGGAAAAAUUAAUUCUCUCAGGGAAUCAGUUGAAUGGGAAUAUCCCUGCAGCUCUUGGAGGAUUGUCUUCCUUACAAAGAUUAUCUCUUGGUGGGAAUCAGUUGAAUGGGACAAUCCCAACAACUUUAGGACAACUUUCUAACUUGUAUUGGCUUGACCUCUCUUACAACUCCUUGAUAGGAAACGUGUCUAAAAGUCUUUUUGAAAACCUCACAAAGUUGACGUCCUUGUAUUUGAAUUCCAAUUCUUUGGUUUUUGAUCCACACGCUGAUUGGGCCCCUCCAUUUCAGCUUUCCGAUAUUUACUUAGGAUCAUGUCAUUUAGGUCCUCGAUUUCCUCUCUGGCUGCGAACACAAAAAUACGUACAUAUUUUAGAUCUGUCUAACACAACCAUCUCUGGCAUCAUCCCCACCUGGUUUUGGGAUUUAACACCCCAACUUCUUUCCCUGAACCUUUCAAAUAACCUGAUUUUUGGCCAAUUGCCCAACCCUUUAAAAAUGCUGCCUCAAGCCUACAUUGAUUUGAGUUCUAAUUAUUUCAGUGGUCCCAUCCCUUGCAUAUUGAAUGGAGCCAAAGCACUUGAUCUCUCCCACAAUCAAUUUUCUGGGCCAAUCCCACCAAAUUUUACAUCCACAAUGCAGCAUUUAGAAUACUUUUCUGCCAAAGGUAACAAAAUCAGUGGCAUGAUUCCCUCAUUCAAAGAAGGAAUGAAUUCCUUGACUGUCCUUGACCUUUCCCAAAACAAUAUUGGUGGUAUCAUUCCAUUGAGUUUGGGUAAUUGCGUAGCACUUGAGGCACUUGAUUUGAGCAAGAACAAGUUAUCGGGAGGAAUACCCAGGUCUUUGGGUCUGUUACAUCAACUCCGAACAAUGCACCUGAGCAACAAUACUCUAUCAGGGAAAAUCCCUUUUUAUUUGAAGAAAUGUGCCAGUUUGUAUACUCUUGACCUCGGACACAACAAUUUCUCAGGUUAUAUUCCCACUUGGAUUGACGAAAGCUUUCCAGCCUUACGAGUUUUGAGUUUCCGAUCAAAUAUGUUUUCUGGCAACAUCCCGUCACAAUUAUCAAAACUAACUUCUCUUCAGGUCCUUGAUGUGGCACAAAAUUGUUUAUCUGGUUCAAUUCCUCAAAGUUUUGAAAAUCUCAUGGCCAUGAAGAAUGAACAGAAGAUGGAUCACUUUCUUUCCUAUGGAAAUUCAAUAUUAUAUUACAGGGAAAAUUUACUUGUGUCAGUGAAGGGGGAAUUGCUUGAAUACACUAGAACAGUUUCACUGGUUACAUGCAUGGACCUUUCAAGCAAUAACUUAACCGGAGAGAUCCCCGAAGGACUCACAAGUCUUUUGGGAUUGCGUGUCUUAAACUUAUCUGGAAACCAAUUGAUUGGAAGGAUCCCAAACAAGACUGGUAAAUUGGCAUUGCUGGAGUCUCUUGAUUUCUCCAGAAAUCAGCUUUCAGGUACAAUUCCUAUGAGCAUUUCAAAUUUAACUUUUCUAAGUUACUUGAACUUCUCGUAUAACAACUUGUCGGGGAGAAUUCCAUCCGGAAAUCAGCUUCAAACACUUCAAGAUCCUUCUAUUUAUAUGGGCAACAACGGACUCUGUGGACGUCCUCUUCCAAAUAAGUGUGUUGGUGAUGAGACAUCUCCAGGUCCUAAUCUAGUUGGUGGUGAUGUAGAAAAAGACGAAGAAGACAACAAAAUGCUUUGGUUUUACUCCGCCAUGGGACCAGGAUUUGCCGCGGGGUUAUGGGCCUUCUGCUGUCUUCUAAUGUUCAAUGACUCUUGGAGGAUUGCCUAUUACCGCUUCUUUGAUGAGAUGAUAGAUAGACUUUUUUUGUAACUGCCUCUUUACAUGAUAUUAGAUUAAAGAAGUUUGAUGAAAACUCAUGUCAUGACUAAUGAAUGAUUGUCGAAACUGCAUCU